CUACCUACCCGCAAAUCCAAUUAUCGCAACAUCCAUGUCCUUUCCUUCCGCUGCCUCAAUGGAUCAAAGCACCUCCACCACUCCUCUCCUUUCAACCCCAUGGCACCGCCGCUUUCGCCUCAAGACCACCCUCUCCUCGGAGCUCUCUGGCGCCGUGGGAGAUCUGGGAACCUACAUCCCCAUCGUCCUCACGCUCACCCUCGUUUCCCACCUUGAUCUCGGCACCACUCUUGUCUUCACCGCCCUCUACAACGUCGCCACAGGCCUCCUCUUCGACAUCCCCAUGCCCGUCCAGCCCAUGAAGUCCAUCGCCGCCGUUGCCGUCUCCGAGUACCCCCACCUCUCGGUCCCCCAGCUCGCUGCCGCCGGCCUCUCCACAGCUGCCGUUCUUCUCAUCCUCGGCUCCACUGGCCUCAUGUCCCUCCUCUGCCGCUUCCUUCCCCUUCCCGUCGUACGCGGCGUCCAGCUCUCUCAGGGCCUCUCUUUCGCCUUCUCCGCCAUCAAAUACAUCCGCUAUGACCAAGACCUAGCCACUUCCAAAUCAGGAGCUCCUCGUUCCUGGCUCGGACUCGAUGGUGUCCUUGUUGCUCUCUUUGCUCUCCUAUUUCUUGUGGUAACCACUGGCGCUGGUGACAAUCCUAUUGUAAACGAAGAAUCUGAAAACGAAAGUUUUCGACGUCGUCGAGUGUCUAAAAGGUUACAGCUUCUCUCUUCUAUUCCUUCAGCCCUCAUUGUGUUCUUGAUCGGGAUGUUUCUUUGUUUUCUUCGCGACCCUUCGGCCUUCAAGGGUCUUGAAUUUGGUCCGUCGAAGAUAAGUUUGGUAAGGAUUACGUGGGAGGACUGGAAGAUCGGGUUUCUUCGCGCAGCAAUACCACAAAUUCCGUUAUCCAUAUUGAAUUCAGUGAUCGCGGUGUGUAAAUUGUCCGGGGACUUGUUCCCUGACCGUGAGGCCUCGGCGAUGAAGGUUUCGGUUAGUGUUGGGAUUAUGAACUUUGUAGGGUGCUGGUUUGGGGCAAUGCCAGUGUGCCAUGGCGCUGGUGGGCUUGCAGGGCAGUACAGGUUCGGGGGUAGGAGUGGCCUAUCUGUGGUGUUCUUGGGGAUGGGGAAGCUGAUUCUUGGAUUGGUGUUUGGGAAUUCGUUUGGGAGGAUUUUGGGUCAUUUUCCGAUUGGGAUUCUUGGGGUGCUAUUGCUUUUUGCUGGGAUUGAGUUGGCUAUGGCUUGUAGAGAUAUGAACACGAAGGAAGAAUCUUUUGUGAUGUUGGUCUGUGCUGCGGUUUCUUUGACCGGCUCUAGUGCUGCUCUGGGGUUUGGGUGUGGGAUUUUGCUCUUCCUGCUAUUAAAACUGAGGCAAAUGGAGUGUUCUGGUAAUUUUGUUUUUUCCAAAUCUUCAGAUGAUGAUGAGACUACGGGCAUAAUUCCUUAAGAACUUGUGUUUAUUUAGGCUGCGCAAUCUUACGAUUUCUCCUCGAAGGGACGACAUUUGUAGAGCCAGGUCGAUUCCCACAUAAUGUAAUUUAGUUUGUGGGACCUUCUCAUUUUCUGUAACUUUCCUAUUUGGUUUCCCAUACGUUUUGUGAUUGUCAUUUUUCACUUGAAAUAGCUUGUACGUAGGCAUGCUAUUAAUCCAAGUCAUGGUUUAUGUUA